GGGACGAACCAAAUUUACGCUAAAUAAUUUAAAUGAUGAUUUAAAAGAAAUAUUGAACGAUGAAAAAUAUCAUCGAUUAUGGAUUCCAUACAAUGAAUUCAAGAAUAUCAAAGAUGCAGAUUGGUCCCGUAAUUUUUUCAUAAAAUCGAAAACUGACCUUAAAUCGCUAAAUAAAAUAAAUUAUGAAGAAUGA